ACAACUUCAGCCAAUCCAUAUCAGAACAAGACACAUAGGAUAAAAAUAAAAGACUUCAAUAUGCCAUCCGGAUCAACAGAGCGCCAGACCAUCAAUAUCCCCGGGACGACGGAUCAGCCCAAAACAGAGCCAGACUAUCUUCUCGAUGCCCGCAGCACAGAAGCGUUGUCCAAACUCCAGGAAGGUGACCUGUUGAAGAUGGUAGUCGAUCACGAGGAGGACAGCAUCGAGUUCCAGGAUCACGUCAAGCACGUAGCACCUGAAAAUCUUGCCGAGUACUUUAACGCCCCGGGGAUAAAGAAGUUUGCCUUUUAUCGUCACCCUGGAUCGGGUGCUGUCGUCUUGAUCUGGACACGUUUCCCUGCCACGGCUUCCACCAAGAAUGCACGUGUUCAGCAUCGGCUGAGGAGGGAUUUGAUCUGGUAUGCUGAGAAAGCGGACAUUAAGAACGUGGCUACGCUUGAAGUGCAAUUGCAGAAGGAUGUCACUGUCGAACGAUUGAUUGAGGCGGUUGAUUCAUUGACGGCAAACAAAGGAUGAGAAAAUAUGGUCAACAAUGUAGAUAUAUUUAUUGUAGCCCUCUAAAUAUCCAUUACUCAUAAAAUACUACUCAUCAUUCUACGCG